AUGUCUAUUGUUCCCUACGAUCACACCCAGGAGAUUGUUUUCCAUGAUCCCAAAAACAGAAUUCUAGUACUCCACGAUAACCAAGACAACUCUAUCCAGCUUCUCACAUCCACCCAAGCCGAAAACGAAUACCCCUUAACGCUAUACAAACCCGUGGACCGUAAUGGCUCCUAUUCUAAUAUGUGUCCCCAUUGUGGGUCUCUACUAGGGGAGUUUCAGAAUCCACCAGGAAAUGCCCGAAGAAAUAGUGCUGAUAUAUUGCGGGACGAGAGUCUAGUGAUGAAUCCUCAUGAUGUGGUUCCUGCUGGAUUCAUGCACGAUGACUACUUCAAGAUGCUUUCGAAGCUUUCAUACGGUCAUGUUCUCGGAGACACAGGCUCUUCGGACCUUCCGGAAGACAUCUUCAAUCAGGGCUACUUUGACCGGUUUUUCCAGAAGAUUCCACCGUACGUCUUGGGAAGCGGUGCCCAUGCCCAGGUGUACAAAGUGAUGCACGUCUUGAAAGACGUUCAAUUGGGUGUUUAUGCCGUGAAGAGGAUUAAUGUGGGGGACCAUCUGGUUUACGUGGAUCAGGUGCUCAACGAGGUGCUCAUAUUGUACGAAUUGUCCGUGAAAGGUGCCAACGAGAACAACUUGAUCAGGUACAAUCAUGUGUGGAUGGAACUAGGCGAUUUGAAGGAUCUGGAGACGUUCUACUUGUCCGAUAAAGAAGGGUACCGUCAGAAAAGCGGGAAAGUGCCAUAUGUGUUUAUCCUCCAGCAGUAUUGUGGAGGAGGGCACUUGGAAAACCUCAUUAUCAAGAACUUCCAAAGAGAACAGCAUAUGACAGCCAAGGAGAAGGUCGAGGCUGAAAGACAGCGAAGACGGAGACGCCAUUCAGCAGAACAGUGGCUAAAUGAGUUCGAAAUAUGGAAGUAUUUCAGAGAUAUCGCCAAGGGCGUCCACUACUUGCACUCACACGGCAUUCUCCAUAGAGACUUGAAACCUUCGAAUUGUCUUCUAGAGCUGAGUUACGACCCAGAUGCAUGCAUUCAGACCGUUUUUGCCAGUCUUCCUGAACUCGAUGAGUACGCUGCAGCGAUGCCAAAAGUUCUUGUUUCAGAUUUUGGCGAGGGCAAGUUCAUCGAUAAGCAGUUUUUGGCUGACCAGUCGAUCCGAAUCGAGGAUGAUCUCAGCGAGCUGAGGGGCAACACCGGCACAAUUGAGUUUACAGAUCCACGGCUUUGGACUUAUGCCAAAUCAUCCUUGAAAGCACGCCGGGGCCAGAAGUUGGCCAAUAGCUUCAGCUAUAAUAGUGAUAUCUACUCCCUAGGAAUGAUUCUUUGUUAUUUGUGCACUGGAGCCAUUCCAUUCACCGAGAAGCUCAGAGACCCUACAGACCCCGAACAAAUCAGAAAAGAUAUCUCGAAGUGGUACCAGAACCUUACGCCUGAUUCGUUCCAUGCCUGGUUUUCUGACCGAGUUUCCAACACCAUGAGCGUUUCAGAAGCGGCCGAGGAUUUUGAAAUUCUCAUCUACAUGGCACUCAAGGGAGGCGAAGAGCCCUUGGAAGUCACCUCCAGAACGAUCCUUGACUACUUGGACUCGAUGAAAUGGAAGCACUUCUUGUUCAAAAACAGAAAGGUCUCCGAGGUGACUCGUGACGACGUUUCUUUGGACGAGGAAAACGUUGUGGACCUCCAAAAAGAGCUCAAACCUGUUAAAGUACCUCCACCUCCCAGUUUUGUGAAACCAGUUGCGUUCAAUCUUGCCCAAAUUCUCCUCUCUGAGUAUCUGCACGAUUAUGUCAAGCUCAGCCGAAGCGUGAAGCUCAUCAAUCUCUUGUGCCUUGCAAUGGUGGCACUUGACAUUGACCCAAAAAUAUACUGGCCGUCAUUUUAUGCCUGUGUGGCUCAUUGCAUCAUGGGACUGAAAAGAGGCAAGGAUGUCCAGCCUUUGGUGACGCGUAAAAGGCAAAGAAAGCUCAAGAAGAAGCGGUACGAGGCCCCUGAUGCGAUGGGAGAAGGAAAUUACGAUGUGCUUGACGUUGAGGAAGAUGAGCCUGAGAAAAGCGACGAUAUCAUCCUCGUGGACUCCGACGAUGAGAGGGGUCUGGAUGGCGAUAUUGUUGUUGUUUCUGAUGGCGAGGGUGAGGAUGAGAAACCGGAAGGAGUUUCAAAGCUGUUGCCCAAAAAACCAGAGUCCAAGAAGCCCGAGACUCCAAACGGGAAACCGGAAAACGACAUUGUGAAGGGCUCCGACUUUAUCGAGUUCGGCUUCAGCUCUUCGGAGUCUGAGCACGAUGACGAGGGCCAUUACUCUGACGACGGCAUUCUCAGUGACGACAACUCCGGCACUCAUCAUGUGAGUCUACAAAGCAAACUGGCAUUUCCAUGGGUAAAGGGCCACGACCACUCCAAACAGAAGGAGAUUGUCGACUGGCUCACUCUCGAAAUCAAGGAUUUCGUCAACUACAUCUCGCCGUCAUCGCAGGAAAUCACAAACAGAAACACCCUCGUGAACAACCUCAAGAAGAAGAUCUCGGAGUUCUGGCCCAAAACCCAGGCACACGUGUUUGGCUCCUGUGCCACCGACUUGUACCUCCCGGGCUCCGAUAUCGACAUGGUUAUCAUCUCGACUACAGGUGACUACGAGCAGAGACAGCGGUUGUACUCACUUGCAUCUCAUCUACGCAAAAACCAACUUGCUAAGAACAUCGAAGUCAUUGCCACGGCAAAAGUGCCCAUCAUCAAAUUUGUCGACCCCACCUUCAACAUUCAUGUCGACAUUUCUUUCGAAAGAAGCAACGGUCUAGAUGCCGCCAGAAGGAUACGCAGAUGGUUGGAUCUCACGCCGGGUCUUCGAGAGUUGGUCCUCAUUAUUAAGCAGUUCCUCCGAUCCAGAAAGCUUAAUAACGUGCAUGUGGGUGGUCUUGGAGGUUACGCCACGAUCAUUAUGGUAUACCACUUCCUCAAACUUCAUCCUCGAGUGUCUACAGGCAACAUCUCCGCCAUGGACAACUUGGGCACGUUGUUGAUCGAGUUUUUCGAGCUCUACGGACGGAACUUCUCGUACGACGACUUGAUUAUCGCCAUAAACUGCGACGACGAUACGCCGAAGUACCUACUCAAAUCGAGACAUCCUGCUCUCACAACGGGCAGAGGUGUAUUUUCUAUUAUCAUCCAGGAUCCCUCGGACCCGUUGAACAACAUCACCAGAUCAUCAUACAACCUCCGAGACAUCAAGAAGGCUUUCGGAGGUGCAUACCAGUUGCUCGUGGACAAGUGCUACGAGCUCAAUGGCGCCAGCUACCGUAACAGAAUCAACCAGCUGAUCCUUGGCGAUAUCAUCAAGUACCGCGGCAAAGACAGAGACUUCAACGACGACAGACACAAGGUGGCCAACCACGCGUUGAUUGAGCACGAGGAGGACGAAGAAGACGACGAAAGCGACGGUGCUGACGGCAACGACAAGUACUACUUCUCGGACAUGACGCUGGAAAGCGACGAGGAGCCUCCACGGAAGAAAGCCAAGGCUGCCCCAGCCGAGCCACCGGCAAAUGGCAAGCCCGAGCUCAAAGUGGUCAAGCAGGCUGCACAAAGCAUUCCCGACAAAGCGCCCAAUGGCCCCAAAGCGCUGGUGGCCGAGUUGAUGAGUGUCAACGACAGCGAAGGAGACGACAACAAAGGCGAGGCCGGCGAGGAGGACGACGCCAAGGAGUACAACAAGUACGUGAAGCGGGAGUACUGGAAGCUGAAGGGGUUGGAAACCAGCAUAUAA